AUGGGGUGCCGGCCGUCGGCGAGCUGCUUCGCCUGCAAGGCGAGGAAAGUCAAGUGCGAUCUGCAAAAGCCCUUCUGCAACCGCUGCAUAUCCCUAGGCCGGCAGUGUCCAGGCUACGCGGACCCGUGGACGGUCGUCCACCGCCAGCAGAAUGCCUCCGCGGCGCACCAGGUCCAGGUCCGCGUCGCCAAGCGCCUCAAGGAGCGCGGCGACGCCCCCACGUUCAUCAGCCCCGGCGGCCUCGGGGAGGGGAGCUCGCCCGAGAGCCAGCGCAGCGACUCGUCCGAGGAGGAGGAGCUCAUCCGCCGGGUCACGGUGAUGCCGCGCGCGGUGCAGUACGACUCGGAGAUCUACUCGAUGCGGCACUUCCAGUCGAACUACACGUCCGGCAACGAGGUGGGCUUCUUCGAUUUGUUAUUUGAUCUGAAGCCGCCGGUGAACUCGCCGGGCGUGUUCGAGGAGGCGGUGAAGGCGACGGCGCUGGCGAGCUCGUCGCUGCAGCUGUGCCAGGCGGGCAUGAUGGCGCAGGCGAAGCAGCAUUAUGGGAGGGCGAUGAUGAAGCUUAGUGCGGCGUUGAGGGAUCCGCAGAAGGCGAAGGAGGAUUCUGUUGUGGUGGCUUUACUCACUUUAGGCCUCUUUGAGGCGAUUAUACCGGAUAAGACUCCGUCAAAGAUAGCAUCACACUGCCGCGGGUCGUUGGCGCUGCUCAGGUACAGAGCCGAGCAGGGGAUCGCGACGUGGCUGGACAAAGCCUCGUUGGCAUUCAUCGCUCAGUUGGGGAUUCUCGAAAUCUUCAUCGGCCAAGAUGGCCGGUCGCCAAUACUGACGGGCUUGACACAAGCCACGUGGGCGCAGAGGCAAGGCGGCGUCGUCGAGGCUCUCAUCGCCCGCGCCAUCGACUACAAGUUCACCGUGCUCAAGACCACAUCCUCUCCAUCCAUCCACGACGCCUCCGUCGACAGAGUCACGGCAGUCUUCAAAGAGGGCAUCGAAAUCAUCCGCGACCUCGAAGCCGCGGCAAACUACCGCGUCGCCGCCCCCGCCCCGCGCCAAUCGCCCCCGGCCGCGGGCCUGCCCGACCCCGGCGUGAACACCUUCAACGGGCUGCUGCGGCGCGACUCGCCCGCUUCCAACGCGAUCGCCAAGGGGCUGUACCUCACCGUGCGGCUCCACAUGGUCGAGCAGAUCCUGUCGCUGCUGAUCGCGCUCGGCGAGCCGACGCGCGAGCAGCUGCGCGCGCUGGUGGACCUGCCGCACGGGCUGACGGCGAUGGAGCAGGUGUGCGAGCAGAUCCGGGUGAUUUUCGGGUUCGACGGGCGCGAGAGCGUGUGCAAGGCGCAGGGCAUGGGGUUCCAGGCGUGGUGCAUGUUCUGGCCGAUGAUCGCGGUGCUGAAGUCGGCGCUGGCGGAUAAGGACACGAAACUGUGGGUGCUGGACAAGUGCCUGACGGUCAGCCAGGCGAGCGGGUUCGGGAUGGCGAUGUACCAGAUGGGGUGGUUCCAGGGCGGUCCGUCGGAGAUGGCCAUUAUUGAGUAA